CGCGACACCCGCACGCAGCUGUUCGUGGGCAACCUCCCCUACCGCGUCCGCUGGCAAGACCUCAAAGACCUCUUCCGCAAAGCCGGCACCGUCCUCCGCGCCGACGUCUCCCUCGGGCCGGAUAACCGCUCCAGGGGGUACGGCACCGUCCUCCUCGCCUCCGCGGAAGACGCCGGGCGCGCGAUCGACAUGUUUAACGGGUACUCGUGGCAGACGAGGGUGUUGGAGGUCAGGCCGGAUCGGCUCGGGGAGGGCGCGGAUCCGUUGAGCGCGGUGGGGAGCGGGAUGGGAGGGGUGGGGACGCCGAUAGGGGGAGGGGCGGGGACGCCGUUGGGAGGGGCCGUUGGAGCGUUGGGAGGGGCCGUUGGAGCGUUGGGAGGUGGUGUUGGAGCUUUGGGAGGGGCCGUUGGAGCGUUGGGAGGGGCCCUCCCGUUCCAUACGCAGUGGCAGGACCUGAAGGACCUGUUUCGCCAGGCGGGCGUCAUUUUGAGGGCGGACGUCGCGCUCGGGCAGGAUGGGCGGAGCAGGGGGUUUGGUAUGGUCAGUUUUGCGACGGAGGCGGACGCGGAGAGGGCGGUGAGGAUGUUUAAUGGGUUAGUG